AUGGAAGAGAAUUUUCUGAUAGAUUUUGAGGGUCAUAUCAGUUAUAUGGAAGAAAAAGUUAAACCUGCAUUGAUAGAUACUAAGAAGAAUCAUGCUCCAGAUUCAGACAGAGAUGAACUUACUGCAAUAAAUGUCAAACAAGGAUUCAACAGCUCACCUCAGAUACCUGAUGAAUAUGGUUCUGCUAGAAAUUCUAAUAUUACAGCAACCAAGUUUGGCUCGUACUUUAGUGCAGUAUUAGGUCUAAAACAAGAACUUAACAGAUUUCAAGAUAGUGGAAGGAAAAGGCAGCAAAUAAAUCCUAAAGAUAACUUCUGGCCUGUAACUGCUAGGUCCAAAAAUGCCAUUGAAGCAUGGUUCAAAGAUCUGGCAGGAUCCAAAUCACUUACAAUUCUUGCAAAAAAGGUUCCAAUAUUUAAUAAAAAAGAAGAAAUUUUUAUGACACUGUAUGAAUUUUCUGUUCCAAUGUUACGAGCUGCGUGGUUUAUAAAAAUGUCAUCAGCAUAUAUUGCAGCGAUAUCAGAAGCCAAAAUUAAAAAACGACAACUUCCAGAUCCAUCCCAAGAAUGGACCCAAGCUCUAUGUAAAUUUUUGCGGGAACAGCUAACGAAGCUUGCUGAGCAUCACCAUAGUUCUAUAGCACUUGGUAAUAGUAGUUCAACUAGUAAUUCCUCAACAGCUGCUUUGAAUAGCAGCAACAGUAGUUCCGCAAAUUCACUUGGUUCAAGUGUUACGUCAAAUUCCAGUACUGGUCUAGGAAGUAAUUCAUUGAAUGGUGUGACUGUUGAUGUUGCAUAUAAACAAUGGCAAUAUUGUACACAGCUAGCUCGACAUUUGUAUGAGGAGGGUUUAUUAGAUAGGCAAGACUUUCUCACAUGGAUUCUUGAUUUAUUAGAGAAGACAAAAAGUCCAGAUGAUCCCCUGAUAAAAAUUAUUUUACCUCUGGUCUUGCAGUAUGUGGACGAGUUUGUAAAUUCCCAGCUUUUGUCAAGACGUCUUGCACAUCACUGUGCAAAAAAACUAAACUUUCUACUUUGUGAAAGUGGUGAUACUACCCGGUGCCAAAGCCCAAUUUUAAAUACAUCCUCUAAUCUUCCUGUAUCAGUUGCUGCAUCUCAGCCUACUUUCAAUCCAAUCACAGCAAGCAUUGUUGAUUACCUUAACUGUCCUCAUCAUCGCAGUGUCCUAUUUUGGCUGUCUGGAAUUCUUCAGGUUAUAACACUAGAAUGCCCAAGUGCUCUUGUUUGGAAUAACAUAGGUGAGGGCAAAAAUGUUUCAGUUCUCAAUGGCUCUCCUUUAGAUCUACUUCCUUGUGCUCCCUCUAGUCUUCCUAUGCCUCAGCGUCCAUUUAAUGCUCAGUUUAGGAUAUUAAGUUCCACUCAUCCAAAAAUGCAGUCUUCAGGGCAUUUACAUCUCAAGAGGAGGUCUCACAAUUACUCUUCCAAGGUAGUCAUGCUUUUCAGAAACCACACGAGUCAGUGCGACCAAUUUGCAGCACGUAUAGAGGCUCUUUCGUACAAAACUGUACCAGUGGAAAGAAGCAGUGACCCUGCAGCAGAAGCACAGAGGCAGGAUUUACUUCUGUCAGUGUUUAUCGAAGGAUUGCAAUUGUUGCAUUUGCGACGCUUGUUGCUGCCACAGAAUCACAAAACUUUUGCAUCUGCUAAACAGCAUGCAAUUAUUGAAGAAGACAUGUGGGCUAAGAGCCAUGCUAGUAGUGAUUUUGCAACAGCUGAGGUUAGAGCGGUGAAUGCUGCUAAGCCAGCAAUCGAAAAGUCAGUUACAACACCAUCAGUAACCAACUCAGAGCUCACUACAGCUAUUAAAAUGCAACAAGAAAAUAUAGCUCAGCUUACUAAAAUGAUGGGUUCUCUUCAAACACAGGUGCAGAGUUUAAUAUCACAAAGUACUCGUUCAAGACCCAUACAGCCUCGUUGUUACAGAUGCAACAGAAUAGGGCAUGUUAGCAGGGACUGCUAUGCAAAUAUUGUGCCUAAUCAGCACUCUAGACAGGGUCAACAGAGAUUUAGAAAUAACCAAACAGCCAGGAGACAUCCUAAUAACACCACACCAGCUGUUUCGGGUACUCCAAAUACCACAAGUGUGGCUACAAAUGCUUUGAAUCCCCAAGCACCAAGUUUUAAUUUAAACUAA